AUGGACUUCAAGCACAUCAACGACCGCUUUCAGAGAGGCAAGGAUUGGUCAGAGGACUUUCUAGAACGGAAGCACAAACUGGUCCAUUUCUCUUCACUGGUGUUGGCGCACAGCGCCAUUGUGUCAAGCCAAGCAGAGAUGGGGCCUGAUGGGUAUGGCUGCCAUCUCUGCCUCAACCUGGAACAACGCGGCUUUCUCGAAGUCGAAGGCCCUGCUCGGGUCGAUCUGCGAUGUGGAGAGAAGCAGAGUCUCUCUGAGCUUCAGAACCCGGACCCAGAAAGGUCUUUAGCGCCACAUUGGAGGGUACAACAGAGAGGCAUCCAUGCCACUGCAUGCAUCAUCAAGAACAUCGUUGCAGGUGUUUCAAGCAACUCGCAAAAGCCACUUCUGGUGGUGGACCUCUUGCCCUCCAGGUUUGCUGAAUGGUCCUUGGCAAGCUGGAGCAUCCAGGAGCUGACCAGUGCCAGGGCAGUUUUGAUGGGUCGGCUGAUCUCUGACUACUGGGAUGGAUGUGAGAAAGCAGGCUCCAAAACUCGUGAAGCUUCUAGCUUUUCUGAGAGCUUGCCAACUUUGCAGAGCUUGGUGAUCAACGAAGAUGGGGAAAUCAAGAUUCCGGACUUGCUGCAGCAGAAGUACUCGCAACAACCAGGUUUGAAGGACUUCACCGCCAAGCUUGCUGAGGACACUGAAAUAUCCGGAGCCUUGAGGACUUUCCAUGCAGCCCAGCAGCGGGGCAAUGCCACUCCAAGCGUGAGCACGGCCACGGUGCCAACCAGAACCCUGGCAUCGCCAGAGUGGCAAGGUGAUUCACCCAUCAAUGUCCGCAAGAGGCUCAACUUGGAGGAGAUUUCCAUGAGCCAGUUCGAAUCUGCAAAUGACAACACCUUGGUAGCAAUGGCAGACAGCAAAGAGAUCAAAUCUGUCGCUGACAUCAUGUGUGAUGUGGCAAAGCAUCAGGGUGCGGGAACUGGUGAUCGGCCGUUGGCCUAUCGGUAUGACAUCUCGGCUAUGACCAUGGUCAAUGUGUAUAAGCCGAAGGAGCUUGCCGCCGACACUGACAAGCAGCACAUACGAUCGGUGCAAUUUGGUGCUGUUUUCCAUGCCAAAUAUUCACAACUUCCAAGAUGCCAGCUGUGUGAUGUGGUCUGGGAGGCCAUGGUUGGAUAA